GCGUGGACCGAGCGUUGAGUAAGAGCUUGCUGGCUGUCACCCUUGUAGUAAAUUUAGACCUCCUCUUCCUUUUUAGUUUGUCUGUUUGGAUUUAAUCACCUCAGAUAAAAUGAAUAACUUAAUGUGGACGGCGGGACGGUGUUUGCGGUCCGGAUCGGCGGCUUUUUUCCUCUCUAGACCGGUGGACGGAGGAGUGCGCCUGGCCUCGGCUCGGCUCAUGUGCACUGCUAGUUCGGACAUUCAGAAAGACCUUGGUGAAAUGGUGAAGAAGGACAAGGUUGUGGUGUUUAUGAAGGGGACACCUGCUCAACCCAUGUGUGGUUUUAGCAAUGCCGUGGUACAGAUCCUACGAAUGCACGGAGUAGACCAUUACGCUGCCUACAACGUUUUGGAGGACCAGGAUCUCAGACAGGGCAUCAAGGUAUUUUCCAAUUGGCCCACGAUCCCCCAGGUUUACUUCAAUGGCGAGUUUGUGGGAGGCUGUGACAUCCUACUCCAAAUGCACCAAAAUGGAGACUUGGUGGAGGAGCUGAAGAAGCUAGGCAUUAGCUCUGCUUUACUGGAUGCCGAGAAGGAAUCAAAGUAAAGACACAAUAAGGGACAUUUGAGGAUACACAGAGACACAAGGACAUUGAGGGGUGAUAAUCCUGUUCACAUUGUUAAACAGGAACACAUUAGAGUGUGCUGCUGGUUUUGAGAUGGCAUAACAUUCUUUACUAUGGGAGUGUUAAAUUGAGGAGAGGGCAGGCAAGAUGUCUAUUGUCAGUUUUGUGGUCUGGAUAGAUAGAUAGAUAGAUAGAUAGAUAGAUAAUAUGUAGGGAUAAUAGAUUGUAACAUAUGUACCUCCAAGAUAUGUUUUUGUUUUUUGGAUAUUUCAAGUGAAUUUCCUCGUGCCUCCCCCUUUCAAAUAUGUGACAUCAUCUACAAAUUGGAAAGAAGCAAAUUUCUGUGACAUCAAGUCUUUGGUAAUUGUGUUAUUAAAGAAAUAGUCCUGUAUUUUGAAUAUUUGUGUUAAAUCUGCUAAAAGUCUGAAGCCACAUUUACAUUUAUGGAAAUAUUAAGCUAAGUUAGUGGUUUCUGUGGCCCCAUAACUGACAAUAAUUCACUGUAUGGAAUAAAAAAAAUUAAAGAGCCUAUAUUGCACUACUACUAUUAGGAUCCAUGGUAAUUGUAUUUUCCCAUCAGAAACCUAGAAACUAACCAGAAAACACACCAGAAACUUCCAAUGUAAUGCUUCACUCACCUUAUUUAUAUAUUCAAAGGUGCAGGUACAUUGCGAAUCAGGUUACCCUUGUCGUCUUUACCAUUUUAAAUAUUUGCCUUCUUCAUUCACUGUAUCCACUUCAAAACCAAAGCCACAAUUACAACUCACCUCUAUUACAUAACCACUACUCAAUAAUCUUUAAACCUAAAUCCAAAUGUGUCAAUGUUGUGACAUUACUACACCUUCCAGAAGGCAAAUGGACAGGAUUUUUAGUCUAUGAACACAUCUCAGUUUCUGCUGUACAGUUGUAUUAUCAUGUAGUACACUGUAAAAUAUUGUACAUUUAAAGUGUAUUAUCAAAUGUAUUUUAGUUGUAUGAGAACAACUUGAGCACUAUUAAAUAUUUUGACACAAAAGUUA